AUGCCUCUCCAUUUGCUAGGCAAGAAAUCAUGGAAUGUCUACAACCCCGAGAAUGUCGCCCGUGUCCAACGUGAUGAGGCGCAGGCGAAAGCUCGCGAAGAGGAGGAUGAACGCCUCAUGCAGGAGGUCGAUGCCGAGCGCAGGAUUAAAAUUCUUCGUGGUGAAAGUCCGCCCACACCUCCACCGCCACCACCAUCCCAGCCCUCAUCCGAUCCGGCGAUCCGACCAGACAGGAAAGCCGGCGAUGAUACCGGCCACUUUCGGAAGAGGAGGCGCAUAGCCGGAGAAGACGAUACGGACCGAGAUAUCCGAUAUGCUCGAGAGAAUGCAGCACAUGCUAGUGUGAAGCGUGACGAACUUUUACGUGCGUCUCGAAAGCUGGACAAGACGGCACAAGCACCGAUCCUAGAUGCCGCGGGCCAUAUCAACCUGUUCCCGGCUGCAAAUGCCAAAUCGGAGAAAAAUGCAGAGGCUGAAGCUGAAAAUGCACGCAAAAAGCGAAGUUAUGAAGAUCAGUAUACCAUGCGCUUCUCUAACGCAGCAGGGUUCAAAGAAACAAUUGGCCAGAAGCCGUGGUAUUCAUCCGCUGGACAAGAUGCGACAGCCCCUGGGGCUAUGUCUGAGAAAAAUGUGUGGGGAAAUGAGGACCCGAGGCGCCAGGAGAGAGAGCGCGCUCGCAUAAAUGUGAAUGAUCCGCUUGCUGCUAUGAAGCGUGGUGUCAGACAGCUGAAAGCUACAGAGCAAGAGCGCAAACGAUGGAAUGACAAUAAGCGCAAGGAGAUCGAGUCGCUGAAGACCGACGAGACACGCCAGUCUAGGCAUCUGAAAAAGGAAGAAGCUCCCACAGGCAUCACCGCCAUCGUCGAGAUUCGAGUCGAGACCGAAGCCGAGAUCGCUCAUCUCGUCGCUCUCACCACCGGUCUUCGUAUCACAGCCAUCAUAAUAAGCUUGACGAUGUCCGCGAGGCUUCCAGGCAUUCAAGGAGAUCUGGACCAAGAACCCAUUCCUAACGGGCAUUCUUCUACACCACCUGACUCAAUAUGUUAUUAUGAUACCCUUUGA